AUGGAAGAGGAGGAAGCAGAACUUAGAAACCCUUUCCCUUCUCCUCCGUCUCAGUAUACCAACUAUACGACACGCAAUCUCAAUUUACUAGAGGUUCUCAAGGAGCGUGCAGCUGCUGCAAAUGUCGACCUUGAGGCUUCUGACCAGCAUGUACUCUUGUCUGAUCAACCUUCUGUCCCGUCGUGGUCGCUCGUUCAGCUUGAGAAACCUCGCGUAGACUGGAUAUUGGAAGAUGGUCACUACAGUGUGUUUGGAGAUCAGUGGUUUGUCAAGGAGACAAUACCCUCCCUCGCCGAUCUCGGUGGACACCAGCUCUACCCCGUGGAUCCUAGUGUCGAUCGUCGCCCAUCUUUAUUGGCGGUCCUGAAGUCAGCUUUGGUCACAUACUACGCGCUGACUGGUUCGAUGCUUUCGCCGCCACCGCCUCCGACAUCGGCCGAGCCUCCGGAAUGGCAACGUCAUGUCGAAUGGUUAACAAUUCUUGCACAAAACCUGAUGGCGGCAGCGAAUGAUCUUCGGCCUGUGCAGGCCAGAGUCAACCUCGAGCUCAUGAUGAAACGGCAACUUGAGCUUCGACGUGAGGAAACUAAAGAGAUUCACUCUCGAUGUGAUGUCAUCGAGUCGCAGCUAUCUGCACUGCGCCUCAAUGUCAAGCAAUCGACAACCGAGAUUCAUCGGCCAAAGGCAAGCAAGACUGAGGCUGGGACAGACAAACUUGUGCAAGUAACCGCUGAAGACCUUUCUCAAUGGGCGGACGAAGUGCGAUGAACCUUUGUUCGUCCCCAGGUGGUUGAAAGGAUCGAAAAUCAUGCUAUUCGAUGAAGAACCAAUUUGCCCACACCGAGCGGCAGUAUAAAUUGAAGUUUCUGGAGUUGGGUUGGAGUUGGGACACCAGUAACACGAGUCAUUGUUAGGCUCCUAAUAGUUUUGAGGCGCGUUUGGGCCCCUGAUAAUAAUACUUCGGCCAGCAUCACACGGAUCGGAGACAUACGAUGGUUAGGCUUUUCCGUUGAAACGAAUACAUUGUCGACUCCGAAGAUGCGCAUUUGUCGCAGACACCUCGCUGAAAGGAAGCCGGCCAAAAACGCCGACUCGGAGAAUUCCCGAGUUUGGCACGCGCCAUGGGUGCCUGCCAACAUCAGGCCACCCCCGACAGAUGUAUACUCUUCAGCCAGCACACCUAAUACAUAGACAGGGUGAUAUCAAGUGUCAGCGCGGUAUCCCCGACAUACGAAGAUACAAAAUUUCGUACAGCGUCAUGAUUCGUUGAUUACUGCCAGGCUGAACAUGAUAUGCUUACAGGCGCCAGCGAUGAGAGCUGUAUG